CCUUCGUCCCUACCGAGUUUUAAGCUUGCAGCAGCUCCUAUCAGAGUAGAGGCGCUCCCUACGAGUGAUCUGAGUAACAUUACAGUAUGGAAGCUCAUCACCUGGUAGGCGUGUGGAAUAGAAAAGUUGUUUCGCGGUUUACUUCCGCCUCUGUCGUCAUUCACCCCGCAGGCUCUACUAAUCGAAAUCGGGGGAGUGGAUGGAGGUCUAUCGUUUAUUCAAUGGCACAGUGUAUUGAAUGUGUUUUUAUGCUGAUCCUUCGACUAUUUAGUUGAUAACAAUUCGGGUUCGCUGGUGUAGACGGCUUGGUUUUUGUUGCGUAUGGCGGGAAAGCAAAGUACUUCUCUUUCAGAUGUGGCACAAGACCGGCGCUCGUCCCCGUCCGUUGGCUCACAGCGCUCUGCAUCAGACAUCUAGUUACAGUGUAUAUAUGAUUUCUACACUGAUACUUGCCGCCGAUAAUACGACUAUAAAACGCCAUUUGUUACGGGGAGAAUACUUUUUAAAAAGAGAGAGAGAGAGAGAGAGAGAGAAAUGUCUCUUUAAAUGAAGGCUGUCUGAGUUCCUCCAAGAUUGUCCCGUCGGACUCGCCGUAGCUUAAUAUUUAAGUUCGACUUUGGUCAAAGUUGACUCUGCGACUGAAACUUUUGACAACAAUGUCGGCAGGAAAUCUUUCCCGAUUUUGGGAAUGGGGCAGAAAAAUCAUUUGCGUGGGCCGAAACUACGCGGAGCACGCCAAAGAGCUGCAAAACGCCGUUCCCGCGGAGCCGCUGCUGUUCUUGAAGCCGCCCUCCGCCUACGUCCGAGAGGGUUCGCCCAUCUUGGUGCCCUUCUACUCCGGCCAGCUGCACCACGAGGUGGAGCUCGGGGUGGUGAUCGGCAAGGGCGGCUCGGCCAUCCCUCGAUCGGCCGCCAUGGAGCACGUCGCCGGCUACGCGCUGUGCUUGGACAUGACGGCCCGGGACGUCCAGGACGAGUGCAAGUCCAAAGGUCUGCCCUGGACGCUCGCCAAGGCCUUCGACACCUCCUGCCCGGUCAGCGAGUUCGUCCCCAAGGAGCGCAUCCCCGAGCCGGGCGACGUCCGACUCUGGCUGAAGGUCAACGAUCAGCUGAGACAGAGCGGAAGCACCUCCCAGAUGAUUUUCCCCAUCCCUUACCUCAUCAGUUACAUCAGCGACUUUAUCACCCUGGAGGAGGGCGACCUCAUCCUGACCGGGACCCCCGAGGGGGUGUCGGCCGUGCGAAAGCAUGACCGACUGCAGGCCGGUAUCGAGGGGAUCGUCACCAUGACUUUCACAGUUGACACGAAAGAUCGCCGCUAGCUCCUGAUCUCAACUUAAACUCGCUGCUCGUCAAAUCGUCACCUCGGCGAUGUUUAGGAAUUCCACUUCAUCUGACACGUUUUUCCAGCAGAGGGCGGCGAUAGACCCGUUUUGCAUUGAUUCAGGCGGAAGGUGGAAAACCAACGGAAAGCUCGACGUUUUCAAAUGAGAAAUUCAAAAUCACAUUCCUAGAAAAUCAAAGCUUGUCACAGUUGACUAUCAGUACAGCAUAUGUCACAUUGUCUCUUGUCCAUCUUAAUCAUUUGCCAUUGCUCAAAAAUAGGUUGAUUUUGUUUUUUUUUCUUCUUCAAGAUUUAAAUGAAGCACCCCAAAAUGACUGGAACAAUUUAGCGUCAAUGCAACAAAAUAUUUCUUGAACACUGUAUUCAAAACUGUACAAAUGACAAAACAUGAUGGAUUAAGUUACAAUUGCAAAAUAGAAUCAAAUUGGUGCAAAACAUCCUAUUUUUUUAUGACUGUAUUUUGUUAUGAUGAAAUGUUCCAAGAUAAAAGCUGCGCUGUUAAAACAGAGGCCUGUCGGCCUUCAACUUGGGUGUUUGCUAGGGUUGCCGACAGUUCCGGAUUGCGUGGGACGUCCUGGAAUUUAGGACGUUCGGAUUGGUACCGCCGGCGAACUUGAAACUCCGGCUUGUUCCACGCAAUCCGGGACUGUCGGUAACCCAGUGGUUCUUAACCUUGCUAAAGGUCACGAACCCCACGACUUUUACUGGUGCAUUCACCGAACCCUUUGGAAUUUCAUAAUAAAGCCUUUUUUUUUUUUUUUUUACAAAUUCAAAACCUAGAAAGCUAAAAUCGCCAUGAAUUCCUGCUCAAAUUUCUUCCAGAUUUCAAAUUCACGACUAAUAAUUUUGCCUUUUGCUGUUGAUUUUCACAUUGGAAAAUGAAAGUCAAUUUCAUACUGUUCCUUUUGUUGUUUUAAUGUCUACAUUCUGAUUUUAUUGUCACAUCUGUGCAUCACAUAUUGUUUUCAUGGCGUAGAAUGAUGCAAAUGUUUAUUUUCUUGAAUCAUCUACACCGUUCAUGCUGUCUGUAGGUCUGUUAUACUUCCUCAUACCAAGUGCCAGUCAACCGUCCACUGAGCAAACCGAUCUCUCCUCCCAUUGGAUAGAGGGCUAGCAUUUGAAAGAAAUGGAGUAAAGCCUCUAAAUUGAGGGCAAACUAGUCCAAAACCUGGUCUAAAACGUCACUUUCCGAGAUUGAGUUCA